UCACUUUGAUUGUUCUCUUACCUUACCUUGGACGACGUCAUAUCGUUACAGCCCAAUCUUUCUUGUAGAUUUGUAGUUGGGCUUCUCGUCACCGGGUGGUGGUGGUCGUCGCGACUAUGUCACAGUCUCGAGUUUACGCAGACGUCAAUGUUCACCGACCUAGAGAUUACUGGGAUUACGAGUCUCUCAUCGUUCAAUGGGGUGAUCAAGAUGAUUAUGAGGUUGUUCGAAAAGUUGGAAGAGGAAAAUACAGUGAGGUCUUUGAAGGUAUAAAUGUCACCAACAAUGAAAGAUGCAUCAUCAAGAUCCUUAAACCUGUCAAAAAGAAGAAGAUAAAAAGGGAGAUAAAAAUACUUCAGAAUCUUUGUGGAGGCACAAAUAUUGUGAAACUGCUUGACAUUGUUAGAGAUCAGCACUCAAAAACUCCCAGUUUGAUUUUUGAAUAUGUGAACAGUACAGAUUUCAAAGUUUUGUACCCCACACUGACAGAUUAUGACAUACGCUAUUACAUAUACGAGCUCCUCAAGGCAUUAGAUUACUGCCACUCACAAGGUAUAAUGCAUAGAGAUGUCAAGCCUCACAAUGUGAUGAUUGACCAUGAGCUGCGAAAGCUUCGCCUGAUUGAUUGGGGUCUCGCUGAAUUCUACCAUCCCGGCAAAGAAUACAACGUCCGAGUUGCUUCAAGGUACUUUAAAGGACCUGAACUCCUGGUGGACUUGCAAGAUUAUGACUAUUCUUUGGACAUGUGGAGCUUGGGGUGUAUGUUUGCAGGAAUGAUUUUUCGCAAGGAGCCAUUCUUUUAUGGUCAUGACAAUCAUGAUCAGCUUGUUAAAAUUGCCAAGGUUCUUGGCACAGAUGAAUUAAAUGCAUAUUUGAACAAAUAUCGUCUAGAGCUUGAUCCUCAACUUAGUGCUCUUGUUGGAAGGCACAGCAGGAAGCCAUGGUCCAGAUUUAUCAAUGCAGAUAAUCAGCAUCUAGUUUCCCCAGAGGCUAUUGAUUUUCUUGAUAAGCUUCUUCGUUAUGACCAUCAAGAUAGACUUACAGCAAAAGAAGCGAUGGCUCAUCCUUAUUUCUUCCAAGUAAGGGCUGCUGAAAAUAGUAGGAUGCGGACACAGUAAUUGUGGUGUCUUUUAGUUUCCUUUUGUUUAGAAGUGAAACUCUCCAUGUUUAAGGUGUCAAGUUCAUCUAUGUAUACUUAGUCUGCUUGACAAGUACUUUGCCUACUUUAAGCGGUUGGCCUGGUUGACAUUAUUUUCCUGAUGGUGUUCUUUGACUCCUGCAUCUUUUCCAGAGAUUGUACAUUCUGAACUCAAAUCAACACACCAAGCUCCUUGGAGUGUGUAUAUUAUCUGAUAUUUGUACUGUAUUUCUUAAUUGCACUUGGGCAAUUAUAGACGGUUGUAGUUUGUUAUAUUUCUGCUGCUUUUGUUGGACAUUCCCUUGCUUGAAAAAUUACAAUUAGUGUACUAAAAGUUGGAACAAUUAUCCUUUAAUCAUUUAUUUGUUACA